AUGCCGCAUUGCUGGGAUCUCCUCUUGCUGUCACGGGUGCAGGCGCCUUUGCGGAUUGAACCGUGUUACUCGGAGAAGCAGAGUGGAGUGUGGGUGUCAGAGCUUGGUAUUUACAUCAUCAAUCUGAAGAGGACCUGGGAAAAGCUCCUCCUGGCAGCCCGUGCCAUUGUUGCCAUUGAGAACCCAGCUGAUGUGAGCGUCAUUUCUUCUAGAAAUACUGGACAGCGUGCGGUUCUGAAGUUUGCUGCUGCCACUGGGGCCACUCCUAUUGCUGGGCGUUUCACCCCCGGUACCUUCACAAAUCAGAUCCAGGCGGCUUUCCGUGAGCCACGGCUGCUGGUUGUUACAGACCCCCGGGCUGAUCAUCAACCACUGACAGAGGCGUCUUACGUCAACAUUCCCACCAUUGCGCUGUGCAACACCGACUCCCCGCUGCGCUAUGUGGACAUUGCUAUUCCCUGCAACAAUAAGGGAGCCCAUUCGGUGGGUCUGAUGUGGUGGAUGCUGGCUCGCGAGGUCCUGCGCAUGCGUGGCACCAUCUCCCGUGAGCACCCGUGGGAAGUCAUGCCUGAUUUGUACUUCUACAGGGAUCCCGAGGAGGAGAAGGAGGAGCAGGCUGCUGCUGAGAAAGCAGUGACGAAGGAGGAGUUCCAGACUGAGUGGACUGCCCCGGCUCCUGAGUUCACUGCUCCUCCUCAGCCCGAGGUUGCCGACUGGUCUGAGGGAGUGCAGGUCCCGUCUGUGCCCAUCCAGCAGUUCCCCACAGAGGACUGGAGUGCCCAGCCAGCCACUGAGGACUGGUCAGCAGCUCCCACGGCUCAGGCUACUGAGUGGGUUGGCACCACCACAGAGUGGUCGUAA